AGUCACAUUCUCUCAUUAAUACGAAGUACUCACUUUUUCCGCGCGCGUACCUUGACAUACCUGCACUAAAGUGAACAGAUAGUUUGAUUUUGUAAUCCGAUUCUUAAUUGCCGUGUUCUACUACGAUUUUUGAAUAAAGACGUUGGUGAGAUUUACAGGAUUGGAGAGAGUUUUCAUUCACGUUGACUUUAAGAUUAUAUGUCUCAUAUUAGUGCAUCUCACUCAAAAAUGAAGAAUAUGAAAUCCGCUCACUGACCAACUGAAAAUGGCGCUCCUAAAUUAUUCCUCCCCGUUUAUAGCAACCCCUAAUCCCCCAACGAGUUACUACCACCAAGCCCCUCCAUAUCAACCUUACCAACAACCCCACCAAGGGUACUCAUACCCGCAACCCCAAAAACCCUUCCUAGGUGAAGAGUUUCCUAACAAUCCAUUUCUCCAUGUGCCACAACAAGGCCAGCAAGGACAACUGCCAACUCAAAAUAAUGUUCCUCAAGGCCAACUACCUCCAAAUAGUCCUCCUCAAGGUCAGGUUCCGAGAGGUCAGAUUCCUUCGGCGCCAGGUCCGCCGAGAUACACGAAAGUAGCCGAUCUCACGAAGGCUAGUGUGCAUCCGGUCAUCGAUUAUGAUUACGAAGAAGAAGAGGAGCAUGUACACAUACCCGUGACGCCGAUACAGGGGCCGAUAUUUAUUAAAAACGGAAGAGUGCCUGUGGUGCCGCUUUACUCACAUCCGGUCCUGAGUAAUGGGACAUUUGUGCAGAUUCCUAUAUUAUGGACGGCGCUAUCAGUAGUUUUAGGUCUAGAGUUAAGAGCUGAAUAUCUUCGAGGAGUUCCUUGUAUUAAACGUAAUCAACAAUUGUACUGUCCUACAGCGGGAAAUUCAUAUCCAUUAGAUCGUAUAGAAUUAUUUAUUGACGAAAAUAAAGCCCUCAUGAAGCGAAUGUACGGCGAAUUCGAUAUGCCUGACUACGAAGGAAAAGCUCGUCCCGGUACAAAACGAAAACGUUCCACAAAACCGGGAGUUCCAGACCGACAUUUUGAUCCAGGACCUGAUCCGGUCCACGCAGAAGAAAACGUUUCCGGCAAGAAUCGUACCACAAGACAAAACUUCAGGAAUACUAACCAGAAUUCCGAAAGUGGGAGGAUCGACGCAUGUGAGAGCAAGAUAGAAAUUGUUACGCCUUAUUGGGCACUGAACUCAGCAGCAAAAGUGCGUGCCAUAGUAAAUACUCAGCACUUUGAACAAGCUAUACAUCAAGAAGUGUGCGCGAGAAGCAGCACCAAAAGAUGCACAAACGAUUGCGGUUGUGAGCAGAAAUACAAAUGGCACAGACUACUCGCUUACGAUCCCGACAACGACUGCAAGGGAAUUUUCAUGGAUUGGUUCCUAUUUCCUUCAUGCUGUGUCUGCAGAUGCAGCCCAUAAUUAAUCAAAUAUUCACACCUAUUAAAUUAGUUGCGUUAAUUUAAAUCAAUCUUUCAUUUGGCUGACUAUAUUUUUGGGUCGACGUUUUUAUUUUUUACUUUAAUACCAUUAUGUCAGUUUUUUAUUUUCGUUUUUCACAGUCCUGCCUAAAUUUAGUUAGUAAUGACGUCGAAAUGCUCACAUUUAGUUAAAUUUGAGUUAAAAAAUCUUCGGGAGUUGACAAGAUUUAAAAAACAAAACUUUGUUGUUGCGCAUGUUCGUCGGAAGGAAGGGUAAUAUCGCGCGGCUAAACAGAAACAUCCAAGAAAUUUAUAUUUUACACAAAUAUGUUUGGUUUAAGAUGUUAUAACUGGAUAAUUGGCUUUACCAAAGCCAUUGUUAC